ACCCAGCAAAGCCCAGGCGGGAAACAUUAUAAUUCAUAUGUAGUACAUGUAGCGUACUAUGCACCUAAGAUCUGCAAUCUCACUGCACAAGUGCCAGCAGACUAAGGUUUGAGGUUUCGCAUGCUUGGUACCGACUCCAAAGAACCCAAAUUAAAAACACUCGUUUAUUCCCCCAUAACCCAGGGACUCAUACGUAACGAAACCUAGAACUCCGACCGCCAAAUAAUAAUCAACAUUGAAACUUACUACAUUACUUACCGUGUCGACCAUAUGCAUACUGCCCUCUCCUGAGACUGCGCCUCAUCGUGCGUAGGUGACAGUGUUGCAACUUGCAACUUGCAACUCUGAGAAGGAAAGGCAGUUGGUUGUUGAUACUAAAAUCAUAAAUAGACAAAGGGAGUCCAGAACAUGACUACGGUCAGCAGCCGAGGCUCUCCAUUGAUACUUACAGAAUUUGGUCUGACAGCUUCACCAUUCUUAUCCAACCGGAAUCCCAGGGUCUUAACGGCCACGUGCUCAUUCAUAUUAGAUAUUCUUUGGAUCUGAACCGACUGCAACCGAAUAUUCGACAGCUUUAGAUCUCUAUGGUUCAACAUCUAGCAUUUUUAAGAGCUACCGAAUUGCUUUGUUGGAUGACCCUGCAAGAUUAGUUCACGUUCAGUUAUGCCGUGGGAGGACGAGGGUUCAAGAUAUUGUAGGCUUAUAGAGACGACCCCUCGUCACCAUGGAGUCAAGCGGUCAAAACGGGCCUGAUGACUCGUCCCUAAGACCGGUGUCCUCUCUGAGGUCCCAUUUCGAGAGCAUGAACAAACCCAAAGAUAGUUCAGCACCUUCAGCACCUUCAACGGCCUCACAUUCCCCGCCCACGAGAAACCAGUCACCCUCUCCGAAACCUCCCCCAGUCCCAGACACGAGGCCUAGUCGAAGCGUCAAUAUCCCACCAGAGAAUGGAAGGCCCAAGCCCCUGAAUACCUCAGGUCACCAUUCUACACAAGUUACGAAUGUUUCGCCGUUAAGUCCUAGGCCUGUCAAGCCUCCUUCCGUCCUCAUCGAGCCGCCUCAGUCGCCACCGAAACCAAGACCGUUCCCCUUACAGAGCGAUACGAGUGCCCAUCUUGUUCCAGACCCAUCUAAAGCUCCCAACACUCCAGGUGUCUCCUCGCCUCGAUCAUUUAAAAUCCCUAGCCGACCCCACACUCCGAUACUUGAACCCGGUCGAUCUCCCAGACUCGGCGCUACCAAUCAACCACCAUCACCACCCCCUCCGCGAAGGUCUGCUGAGUUAAGGAGAGAACGCGAGGUCAGGGCGUCGCCGCCUAUCCCCCCACCCGUGAACCGCGCCGAGAAACCAGCCAAUCGACUAUCUAGAUUAAUAGAAACCGCGCCCAAAUUGGAAUUGUCACCCCAGAUUGCGGAACAGCGGUCGCCAUUUAAUAGUCCCCCGACAAGUCCUGAGAAUGAAGAGCCUCCAGUACUUCCAACUCGACCCGCACGGCCUCCGCCCCCGAAGGCGGUGCCGAGAUCUAAUACGUUAACGACGAACUUUGAACCUCCUCCUAAGCACCAUACAGUCGCAACUAUACGGCGAGAUCACGACAUUAAUGGAGGCAAUACAACGCCUAUAACACAUCGGCCUAUAGAAGAGCGGCCUGCCCUCCCAAACCGACCGCAAACAAUAACAGAUCCCGCAGCCGUCCGGAUUCCAGCGAGCUCGGCUAUGAAGCCACCGCCCCGACCCCCGAGACCUGUUGUGACCACUAAUAUUGUAGCUACAGACAAUCCCGUAUACUCUCAACCAAAACGUGUAGCUUCUACACCAACUACACAAUUUGCUCCUCCUCCAUCGCGCACUCAUGGAAGAUCCUUGACGGUAGACCAGAAUUCUGACAGGAUACCAGCUGAUAUUCACGAGCCCGCAAGGAGACCGGGUCCAAGUAAUACAGAUCGCGGUCCUAAUUCCCCAGUUUCAAAUUCUGCGGGUCAUUUAGAGAUUAUAUCACAGUUCCCCGACUCAACCAGGAUAAACCGCCGACCACCCUUCAUUAAGCAAGGUGCUCAUGAAAUCUAUACCAAAUAUGACACUAGGAUAUUUGAUGUUUGUGGGCAGUACGUGUGUACGAGCGGUCAUCUUACACGAGUCUGGAGUCUACUUGAUGGGGAACUUGUCAUGAGUUUCGCUCAUGGAGAGGGAAUUAAGGCAACUGCCGUGGCGUUCAAGCCGACGGCGGAUUUCCACGAAGAAGGUACAAAGCUCUGGAUCGGCAACAAUAUUGGUGAAAUAAUCGAGGCCGACGUUACAACUCAGAGCGUAACCGAUAACAAGACCAAUGCUCACGGACGAUAUGAAAUUGUCAAGAUAUUUAGGCAUUUCAAUGAGAUGUGGACUCUAGACGAAGGAGGAACCUUACAUGUCUGGGGACCAGAUGAUGAUGGGGUGCCAAGCCUAGGUCUCAAUCCUCAUCAGACUUACAGGCUGCCCAAAGGACAUACUUUUUCAAUGAUAGUUGGCGAAGAGUUAUGGCAUGCGACAGGCAAGGAAAUACGCAUCUUCACACCCACCACUGGUGGUCACAACCAGCUACAGGUGCUUAUGAGGCCCCUGGUCUCGGAGGGGGCAGGCGAAGUGACGUCCGGAACCCUCCUCAAAUCGCAACCCGGCAAAGUAUUUUUCGGCCAUAGCGACGGCAAAGUCAGCAUUUAUUCCCAGAAAGACUUCACAUGUCUUAGCGUGCUAAAUGUUAGCUCGUAUAAAAUUAAUUCCUUAGCCGGUGUAGGAGGCCACAUAUGGGCAGCCUUCAAUACUGGAAAGAUUUGCGUAUACGACAUCGCAGAAACACCCUGGAUAAUCAAGAAAGACUGGCAAGCCCAUAAUAACCCGGUUAUCAAGAUUAUCGCCGAUCCAGCGAGCUUUUACAAGCUUGAUCGCUGCCAGGUUAUUUCCCUUGGCGCGGACAAUGUAAUUAAAUCCUGGGAUGGAUUGUUGCAAGAUGACUUCCUAGAAAAUGAGAUGAAGUCCCUCGAUACCCAAUACUGCAAAUUCGAGAAUAUCAAAGUCAUGGCAAUGACGUGGAAUGCAGGAGCCUCAACACCCAACAGCCUGAGAUAUUCCGAAUCCGAUUCGAUAUUUAUACAAAAUCUAUUACAGUCAAGCGAUUCCCCGGAUAUUCUUGUUUUUGGAUUUCAAGAAUUGGUUGACUUAGAGGAUAAAACUGCAACGGCAAAGCGGUUCUUCAAACCAAAGAAGAAAGAUGCUUCAGAUCAAGAGAAGAUGAGUCACCAGUACCGAGAUUGGAGGGACUUCCUUGUCAGGAGUUUAGACGACUAUAUGCCUGCCGAUCAUCUUUACCAUCUACUACAUACAGCGACUCUAGUAGGCCUUUUCACUUGCAUAUUUGUGAAGUCAACUCUUCGCGAUCGCAUACGAAAUAUUGGUACCGCUGAGAUUAAACGCGGAAUGGGAGGUUUACAUGGCAACAAGGGUGCUAUCCUCGUACGGUUUAUGGUUGAUGAUAGUUCACUUUGCUUCAUCAAUUGCCAUCUUGCGGCGGGACAAUCAUCGGCAAGUCAGCGACACAACGAUAUUGCAGCGAUUAUGGAAAGCUCUCUAUUGCCUGUAGAACGGGACCCAGGCGUUCGAAUCGAUAGUUAUACAGGAGGUGGUGACGGCACCAUGGUUCUUGACCAUGAGUUAUGUCUACUUAACGGCGAUCUAAACUACCGUAUCGACACUAUGUCGCGCGAUACAGUAGUGAUCGCCGUAAAGCAAAACAACCUAACUAAGCUACUCGAACGUGAUCAACUCCUAGUGGCUCGCCGGAGAAACCCAGCUUUCAAACUCCGAGCUUUCGAUGAGAUGCAGAUUGAGUUCCCACCCACGUACAAGUACGACGUUGGAACCGAUAAUUACGAUACAAGCGAGAAGAAGCGUUCGCCAGCCUGGUGUGAUCGCCUCCUUCACCGAGGUUUUGGCAGGAUAAAACAGCUUGAAUAUCGGCGGCACGAGGUCCGGGUGUCAGAUCACCGACCUGUGACGGGCCAAUUCAGGUAUACUGUUAAGUCUAUCUCGCCUAAGAAGCGGACGCUGGCUUGGGCGGACUGCCAACAGCGCUUCGAAAACCUCAAGGAGAAGGAGGCGAAUGCAGAGAAGGCUCGUUAUCUCACACAAAUUAUUGGGUACGACGCAGAGACAAGUACAAGACUGAUACGCGAAAGAGCCGCAAAAAGGAGUUAUCAGAGUCCAAUUCAGCAAUAGUAGUUGAUAGCGUUACGAAAAGUAGCAACAACGCCUGGCUCAGAUACACGUUGCGCCAGAGACAGAAUAAAGUAGAGAACGAGGGGUUUUAAUAAUCUCCACGAAAAAGAAAGCGAGCGAAGCCAGUGGAAGCGAAAUAGAGAAGCCACUUACGUUGAUGGCUUAUGAUAUGGCAUGACCAAAAAUGAAGAUCCGCCCUCAAAGAAAGACGGAUGGAGUUUUAAACGGCUGGACUGGUUAAUAUUUGGAUGGUUGGGGUUACGAAGAAGGGAUACUAUCCAAAGUUCAAGAAAGCGACGAAUAAAGCAUUUGCAAAUAGAGGUUUUAAGAAUAAGUAAUGAAUUGUUACUCGGUCAA